CCUUCUCAGCAUCACAGUUGGAAAGGGCGAAGGACACACAACAAGCUGCUCCAAAGAAGCCAAAAUCGUAGGAAUACAAUGAGCAUCGAAAUAGUUGACUUUGGCUCGUUUGGCUUAGGAAAAAAUGAACCUUCAGCCAUUGAAAUUGAGCGAAUAUCCACAGAGGUCAUCAGGGCUUUAACAGACAUUGGAUUUGUAUACCUGAAAAACACUGGAAUUGAAGAUCAAAAGAUAUUUGAAGUGAUGGACAUCUGCAAGGAGUUCUUCAUGCUUCCAAGUAACAUUAAACAACAAUAUGCCCAUACUGUGGACUCUGAAUCUCUAGGUCAUGGUUGGGUUGCAGAAGACAAAGAAAGAUUAAAUCCUGAGCGGCCUGCAGACCUGAAGGAGUCCUUUAAUAUAUCAGCAUUAUCUCCACAUGUUAAAUGGCCCGUUAUUAACACCAAUCCUGAGUUUAGGGAAUGUCUGGAAUCAUUCUUCAAAAUGUGUCAGCAGCUGUCAGUAAAAAUUCUGGAAGUGAUUGCAUUGGGCCUGGGUCUUGAGAGGGAUUUCUUCAUCAAUAUGCACCAAAAAAUGGGCAGCAAUAAAAAUCUUACGACCCUUCGAGCUCUAUAUUAUCCAUCAGUACAGAAAUCCUUUAUGCAGGAUCAUCAGAUCCGAUGUGGAGAACAUUCUGAUUAUGGAACACUCAGUUUACUCUUCCAAGAUAAGACUGGAGGGUUAGAGAUUCUAAACAGGUCUGGCCAGUAUGUUGCUGCUCCCUACAUCCAAAAUACCGUUCUCAUCAACAUUGCUGAUCUUCUGCAGAGGUGGACAUCUGACAAAUUAUUAUCAACGGUUCACCGAGUCGUCCUUCCAAAGUCUGAAGACAAGAUGUGCAAACCUAGACAGUCGUUGGUUUUCUUUGUUGAUCCAGACAGUGAUGUGAUGGUCACAUGCUGUAAUGGGCUUCAGAAGUAUCCACCCAUCCCGGCUCUGCAGCACAUACAGGGGCGUUUGAAUUCUUCAAAUGUAACAAAAUCCUGAUCCAAUGAAUUAAUUCAUUGGCAAUUGUGAGGCAAGGCUUCAAGAUUAUAUAGAAGUCAAAAAAUAAAAAGGGUAUUUGAUGAGAUUUUUGAUAAAAGCGAUAAUCUGAUUAAUUAAACUAUGAUUUCUGAAGGUCAUUUCUCGGCAUAAAUUUCUGAUCCCAUAGUGAUAAUUUGGUCUCUUAGUUCAUGGAACUCUACGUCUCAUUCAACCUUCUGUGAGGACAAUCUGAGGGGUGAAGAGCAUGAAUUGCCUUAGAUGAAGGAAGUAGAGAGUCUGUCCCUAGAACGUUAAAAAUCACACAACGCCAGGUUAUAGUCCAACAGGUUUAAUUGGAAGCAGUAGCUUUUGGAACGUCCCUCCUUCAUCAUGUGGUUGUCUGAUGAAGGAGCAGCACUCUGAAAGCUAGUGCUUCCAAUUAAACCUGUUGGACUAUAACCUGGUGUUGUGAGAUUUUUAACUUUGUACACCCCAGUCCAACACCAGCAUCUCCAAACCAUGUCCCUAGAACUUCCUGCUUGUUGGCUGCAUGGGAAAAGUAUUUCAUCAAAUAAAUGGGGAAUAAAUUAGAAGGUAAUGCUGGUAGAUACAAAACAAAGCAGACUGCAGUUCAGUAUUUUUUACGAAUUUACAGUUAAAAAGUAAAUGUUCAUUUGUUUGAUAAUGCAUCUGAUAUGUUUCAAAUCAAGAUGAGACUUUGUCAACUUUUCCUGAGAUUACUUCCUCUCCAUCAUACCAUUUAUGGAUCUGUUUUGCAUGUUAAUAUUUUUAUUAAAAUGGAGAAUGCCUUGAC